AUGGAAGGCCAGCCGCUGAAUUGUCCCCUUUGUUGCAAUGCUACAUUUAGUUCUAAACAGUCUUUGAUAGAACAUUUAUCAAAUUCUAUGGGAAUCAUAAGCUGCCCUCUCUGUAACCAUAAAAGUCCCUCCCUGCCACACCUUAUUGAUCAUUUGUCUCAAGAUAGCUGCCAGUCCGACAGUAAUGUACUAAAUAAUAUAAAUGUACAAAGUAUAAUAUUUGAGCACAACACUGAGGGCAAUAUUGAAAACUCUACAGAUAUAGGAAACUCUGAUAUUAAAGUAUAUGAAAAUGAAAUCAGCACCAACUCAGAACAUCAAUUAGAUGCAAAUGAAGCUAACAAAAUGUAUGUGGAACUAUUCACGAAACAGAUGAAACCAUGUUUAGAAACGAGAGAACUGAAAUUAAUAAAGGAGAAUGGAGAGAACCGGUACAUGAUCGUAACACAAGAUGAUGCAGACUUGAGCGCAGGAAACACUAUUGUUACUAAAAAUACCGACGGCACUAUAUCUUUGACUACUGUAAAAGACAUGGAGAUGGAGACAGAUGCUAUGAUGACCACGGACACAAUGCCAGAUGAAACUCAGGAGGAGAUCUACAGCUGCAACACUUGCAAAGUGUCCUUCACCUCUGUCAUAGAACAUAUACAGAACUACCAUAACGAUCAGGAAGUUGUUGUAGAAUCUGAAUAUUUGCAGGAGCCUAUCGAUCAAACUGAGAAUCAUACUGAGGGCACGCCGUUAGAUUAUGAGCCAAUGGACGGCGAAGACCCGUUGGUGACUCCGGACAAACAGACUCCUCGACGCGUCAUCACCGACACUGGCGACAUAGUCGAAGAGCCGAUGCUGUUCAAAACUGAUGCCCAAAUCGUCACGGAUACUCUGGAUUUGGGUGCAGAUCACGAAACUAUCAAGGCGGAGCAGACUGAACAAGUUGGUGUUCUAACAAAACGAUACAUACAAGUCAACACGAUGUCGGGCGGCGUCAUCAAAGACAUUGGCCAAGUGAAUGAGAAUGAAGAUGACAAAGACUCCACCAUCAUAGAACAUAAGGACAUUGUUGUCACAAGGCGCUACAUACCAGUCGACAAAGGCGCCUUAAAAGAUCCCAUACAGACUGAUGCGAAAGAUAAAAUAGGUCAGUUCCACAAGGUGGUUGUCAAAGAAGUUCCAACUGACUGCGGGUUCGCGCUCAAAACGUAUCAGUGCUUAGCUUGCGACAUUUCCGUCACUAAUUUGGAUGAAUUCAAAAUCCAUCCAUGUAAAAUAUUAAAAUACCCGUGUCCCUAUUGUCCCGUGGCGUAUGAGAACUACAAAUCUCUCUGUGCUCAUAUGAAAGCACAUAAAGCUAAAACAGAGCAACAUGCCUUGCCUGUGUCAUAUGAAUGUGGUAUAUGCAACACUGUGUUCCUGACAAACAAGUCCCUGAAACUACACAAACGAAUGCACGACCCUAUCAAGAGUCGUGCCAUAGAGCCUCCAGUAGAGAACACAGACGGUACCAAAGUAAGUAAAGCGACAUACCGCUGUACAAUCUGCAACAAAAUGAUCCCCUGCGACUACAAGGCCAUACACCAGAACUCACACAAGACUUCAGAGAAAAUGAACUGCGGCAUCUGCAAUAAGAAAUUCACGUCUUUGGAAUAUUUAGAAAUGCAUACCAGUGUACAUAAUGUGGAUAAAACUCCAAUAAACAACCAGGAUCAGAACCUGCCAUACAACUGUUUGUAUUGCAACAGAAGGUUCGCCAGGCCACACGAGAAAGUUAAACAUGAGAGGAUACAUACAGGAGAGAAACCCCACUCGUGUGAGAUCUGUGGCAAGUCGUUCCGCGUGUCGUACUGUCUCACUCUACACAUGCGCACGCACACCGGCGCCAGGCCCUACGCCUGCCCACACUGCGGGAAGAGGUUCAAGGCGCACAGUGUAUACAACCACCACUUACUGACUCACUCUGAAGUCCGUGCUUACAAGUGCCCAUUCUGCCCGAAGGCGUUCAAGACCUCCGUCCAACUGGCUGGACAUAAGAACUCACACACUAAACCCUUCCAAUGCCAGCAUUGUAACAGGCCAUUCGCAUCACUCUACGCAGUACGAGUCCACACCGAGACGCAUUCGCGACAGAACAACCUGAAGUUCGUAUGUGAUAUGUGUGGAGCGAGCUACGCUCGAGCCUUCGCCCUCAAGGACCAUAUGAAGCAGGCGCACAGCCAGGAUCGGGAAUCUGAGGCGUCACCGUCACCGUCACGUAGCAUACCGGCUGAUGAAGAUUGGAUGAUAAAACACAACCCUGAUUCGCUGAACAAAGAUUUAACACAUGAAAUAGACCUGGGAAUGAGUGGUAUGAGUAGCAACGAACUAAUAGUUCCUUAA